GAUUUAUAAAUCGGGUUGAGAUUUAUAAAUCGGGUUGAGAUUUAUAAAUCGGGUUGAGAUUUAUAAAUCGGGUUGAGAUUUAUAAAUCGGGUUGAGAUUUAUAAAUCGGGUUGAGAUUUAUAAAUCGGGUUGAGAUUUAUAAAUCGGGUUGAGAUUUAUAAAUCGGGUUGAGAUUUAUAAAUCGGGUUGAGAUUUAUAAAUCGGGUUGAGAUUUAUAAAUCGGGUUGAGAUUUAUAAAUCGGGUUGAGAUUUAUAAAUCGGGUUGAGAUUACAACAGAAAAAAGUCCAGUUAUAACCACAAAUGUUUUAUCAAACAGUUUAGAAACAUUUAUGCAAACAGUCGAUGAGAAUCAACGAAUUUUAUGUGAAUUAGCUGGUACCGAUGUAAUUGAAGAACAAAAUGUUGAAGAUAAAGAUUUAUUAGAUUUAACAACAAUGAUCAACUAUGACGAUCGAGAAUUGACAAAAGUGUUUGCUGAUGUUGGUCUGGCAGAAGAAGACAGCAAUGGUAGUGAAGGUGAUGAAAGUACUCCAACAGAAGCAACCGAUGAUGACGGUCAUAAUGACGAUUACAACAUUGAUGAUAUUCUUCACCCUCUACUUGUUACAACAAUAUAG